AUGCCGUGCCUCAACCUAUCCACGAACGUGAGCUUGGAUGGAGUGGACACAUCGCCCAUACUUUCCGAGGCCAGCAAGACCGUGGCCAAACUGAUCGGGAAACCUGAGGCUGUCCGUUCUCUGAACUCCUCUCUCUUCCUCUGCGUUAUUUUUUCCGGAUGCGAUCUCUUUUUGAUGUUUCCUGCGGCAUCCGUGUUUUUAUAUGUUUUCCUUUGUGUUUCGUUUUCAUCGAGUGUGAUUAUUCGACGGUUCUGGCGCUAUCUUAGAUUUUUGUUCCUUCGUUUUUUGUUUAUUUAAACAUUUGUUUGUCGUUUAAAAAAGGAUAGAUCUCUCGAGGUUCCUGAUAUAUCUUGGUUCCUUCGGAAUUUGCAUUGCAAAUCAGAGCAGCUGCAUAUUGAUGGAAAGAGGCUGAUGAUUAUAACAAAGUUGAUGACGAUCAAUUGUGCCAUAUCCUUGACCCUUAAUUUUCGGCUCCGUUUAUUUGAGAAUUUUUUUGUACGCUUUCAUCUGAUGUACAUCUGAGGUGCAUGAAAAAGUAGGCUUCCUUCUCUCACGAUAACACAUUUAACAUCGACAUCUACAUGUGUGGUAGCCAACUUCCAGCUCAUCGGAGUAGUAAAAUAGUCUCAUUCUUUGAGAGCAAGGCAUAUCCUGCGGGCACUUUGAGCUUGUACAUGGUGCCUCCUUGGUUCUGGCUCGAGAAAGAAACAUGUUAGACUUCUGUUUUUCGGAUUUUUUUUUCUCCUGUGAGAGGUCGGGACAUUAUUUAAGGGAUUUAACGGCUUAUAUAUGUAGGCUGAAAGAUAGUUGCCUAGAAUUCUGUUAGCAUAUCUCUACCAUAUAUUAUUAUUGUUCCUUGAAAAGCUUGGGUUUUAAAGACAUCGUAGUUUUUGCACUUAGUAAAUCUGUGUACUUCGUCUUAUUAUUUCUGGGUGAUUACUCCAAAAUUUUGGCAUAGCUAUAAAGAGUACCCAAACUUGUGAAAAUCUCAAUCGAAUUAACCAGGGCCUUAUGAAAAAUGGAAUAAAAAAAUUGUCGAAUCAUGGAAGUGAACUCAAAAUUAUGAAGUUGAAUGUGAUUUUUACAGCAGUAAUUUUUCAGAGUCACGAUUUAGGGAUUUGAUAUACCGCUGAGAUGUUAAGUUCCUUUUAGAAUGUGAAAAAAGAACCAAACAUGAUGGUGAUGCCAGAAAGCUAUAGUGAAGAUAUUGAGAGCAUUUCCUCCAUUUUUAUUUUCGAUUUAUUUUUUUUAAUUUUUUUUAGCCAAUCGAAGAUUAGCACCAGAUUCUUCCAGACCGACCUGUUUGGCUUGUCUCGUCCAAUUUUCACCUUUUAGUCAGAUUUGAAAGUAACAAUGACAUUGCGCUUUCCAAAAAUGGUUAGAAACGUAGAUUACGAUACGAAUAUUGGUUGCAUUAACCGAAAUUGAGGCAGUAUUAAGUUUAAAAAAUGAGAGUGGUCUAGAUGUGUGGCCCCUCAACUUUUAGUGUUAGUAGGCUUUGUCUUUGCCCAUGUCACCUUGUUUGGCAAUCAGGCUCUUUUGAGGAUUGACUCUCCAGUUAGACCAUUGAUGUGGGAUGCUCUAAUACUCUAUGUCCUUGAGCCAGCAUAUCUUGAGGCCUAGUUUGGAUCAAUUAUUCUUCAUACAAUGAUGCCACUUACGACUUUGGCCCUAGUGAAUGCAGUAUUCACCCCUUCAUAACCCCAUUUAGAGGCCUAGGCGUAGAAUUAUUAAGGUUUCGUGAAUCAUUUGGUGAGGAAAUAUUGUUGCAAUAGUUUGAGGCAUCUUAUCUUGAGAAAAAUUCAAGAAUGCUUAAAGACGUUAAGGAUUAUUUUUUCCUCUUCUUUUUGAUGAACAAUCUACCCUGCAUGGGACUUCCACUGAGCUUAUGCCAUUUGAAUCUAAACUUUAACGAUAAUAAUUUGAUAGUGAGUUUUUUUUCCGGAGAAAUAUUUCCUCUUCUUCUCUGUUCGGUCGAGCAUUGCUUUUUUAUAUCUGUUAUCUCUGUCACUUGGUUUUCGUUUCACGAAGUGAUCAUACUUUUCUUUCCAAGAAGCAACGAUAAAAAAAGGGGGGGAGGGGAAACUCAGCAUCUUGUCAUCUCCAUCCACAGUAUGUGAUGAUAGUGCUCAAGGGAUCAGUCCCCAUCUCGUUUGGCGGGACCGAGCAGCCGGCAGCGUAUGGCGAGCUGGUCUCCAUCGGAGGCCUGAACCCCGACGCCAACAAGAAGCUGAGCGCGGCCAUCUCCUCCAUCCUCGAGAGCAAGCUCUCCGUCCCCAAGUCGCGCUUCUUCCUCAAGUUCUACGACACCAAGGCAAGCACCCCCCCUCCCCCCUCCCCUCCUCAAUCCUCCUCUGCCCCCGUUCCUUCCUACCGUCUUCUCAUUCCAUUUUUCCCUCUGUGUUAGGCUCGUCCAACCCAAGAACACGCACAGUGUUUACAUGCUUUACACCAGCAAUAGACAUGUAAUUAUAACAUUCACCUCUACCAUCUGCAACCUCCCCCCCCCGCUUCCUCUUCUUAGCUCUCCCAGUCCCUCUCUAACCUCUUUCGGCGUCAACCCAUUUCUCUCUCUACUUCUUGCUUCUUGUUGUUCAUCACCGGUUCCUCAUGGUCCUGAAUCCUGUUGUUCUCUGCAGGGCUCCAACUUCGGCUGGAAUGGGUCCACCUUUUAG